AUGAAAAUACGCAACACUCAAAGUGGCUUCAGGUCAACAGGAAUUUUUCACUUCGACCCGGAUGUUAUUCCAGAGGCUGCUUUUGCUCCAUCUACCUUGACACAUAAAUACAUUCCUGAAAUGAUGGAUGCUGAACCGGAAAAUUAUAGUAGCUCAGAUGAUGAUCUGCCACUUGCAAAGUUCCUUAAGAAUAAUAAUCCAUCAACAAAUAUCCUGGAAACGCCUGUAAUGGGAACAGUGAAAGCAAGACAAAAAAGGAAGGCAUUAAAUUAUAAAGCGCAGCUGUUAAAAAGAGAGAUAUUUACCGAACACUCAUCUCAAGCAAAUUCAACGAAGUCGUCAAAAAGCCGAAAGAAAAUUGGCUAUGUGGUGUGUGCAAUGAGGAUUCUCAGAAUGGCUGAUAGAAAGAAAAAACUUAAUACGCUCGAUUCUUUUUUUACGAAGCAGCAAAAAAUUGGCGAGGACGAAUCAACGAAUUCAUCAACUUCUACCGCUAUCGUUCAGGCAGACAACGAACAACCCUCCACUUCUCAAUUUUCAGCCAGAGAUCAAGAUAAUAUAAAUCAGCAUGACAUUGCUCACUUUGUAGGACAUAAGGUUAAUAUCGAUAUCAUCAAAGUUAUUACUGACCUUUGGAAGCCUAUGCCAGACUUCAAAUUUCCGGUGUCAAGCAAGAGGAAUCUGAAGUUUCAGUAUUGUUGGUUCCAUCGUUGGAAUUGGCUAGCAUAUUCUCAAAAAGAAGAUGGUGCCUAUUGCAAGUUUUGUGUUUUUUACGCAGAAACAGGUGGCGUUGGAAGCCAGUCUCUAGGGAAACUUGUGAAGGCACCUUUUAAUAAUUGGAAAGAUGCAGUCGAAGCGUUUGAUAAACACCAAGUCAAAGAGUCCCACAAAUUUAGUGUGGUGAAAUUCAGCCAUCAACAGCUAAUUGUAGAUCAAAAACAGCAAUUUAUCGAUCUUCAGAUUGAUGUAGCAUCAAAAAAUAAAAUUAUAGGAAAUAGAAAAAAAUUAGUACCGAUAGUAGAUGCAAUUAUUCUUUGUGGGAGGCAGGGAAUUCCUCUAAGGGGUCAUGACGAUUCCGGACCGAUAGAAUCUGCUGAUAUUCCUGUACACAACGACGGAAACUUUAGAGCUAUUUUACGGACUAAUCUUAAGGAUAAUGCCGAAGGCGAGUUCAACCAAAUUUUUAAAGAUGUUGAAACCUCCUGUAAAGAAAUGGAUAUAGAGAUGGCUCUUCCUAGAACAAACUCUCGACAAACUCAAAGAAACAAUGUUCCAGCUGAGGUACCUGAAGAAUACUUUAGAAGAGCAUAUUUUAUACCGUUUGUCGAUUCUAGUAUUAACCAUCUUAAAGAGAAGCUAUUAAAGCACAACAAAAUUGUACAAGGAUUUCAAGUACUUCUACCAAAUAAACAUUUUAAUGAAGGUGGCCUAGAGAAACUGUAUGAUUUUUAUGAACACUUCUUGGAAGCUUGCAGCUUUGAAACUUUACUCGGCGAAGUAAAACUAUGGCGUUAG